CCAACACAAGCUGCCAUUAAAGUCAAUUUUGACUUUUGACACAAAGUCAAUUUUGCCGAGAAACUUCCAGCAACACAACAGCACAACACCCAAUAUGAGCGCGCGCGACAUCAUCCGACAGCAGCUCGAGGAGCUCAUGGGCGCUGAGGCCAUGGGAACAGGCACGAGCGUGAAGGACGUGGAUGAUGAGCGGAACUGCAGGUUCUACCUGGCUGGGCUUUGCCCACAUGAAGUGUUCAGCUCCACGAAAAUGGACCUGGGCCCUUGCGAGAAACAGCACAUCCCAGAGAUGCAGGAAGAGUAUGCCAAGCGCCUGAAGGAAGGCAGGUCGUUUGGAUGCGAAUACGACCUCAUGAAGGAGCUGCAGAAGAUUGUGGACGAAGCCGAGCACAAAAUUCGCCAGCAGCAGGUUCGGCUGGAGCGGGAGCAGCAGUACGAUGCAGAGACAACAGCCAAGGCCAAGCUUGUGGAGGACAUUGCGGAGGAGGUUGGCAAGACACUCGCCGAGGCGCAGCGGCUAGCUGAGGAUGGCCAGGUCGAAGCGUCCAAGAAGCUCAUGGAGAAGGUCAACGAGCUCAAGGCCAAGCACGAAGAGCUUCAGAACGAGUUCAAGGCCAUGUUCCCAUCAACCGGCAAGCAAACGCAGCAGAAGCUGCGUGUGUGUGAAAUCUGUGGUUGUUUCCUCUCCAUCUUCGACAACGACCGCCGACUGGCGGACCACUUUGGUGGGAAGCUUCAUCUCGGGUAUUUGAAGAUCAGGGAGCACCUGAAGCAACUGCAGGAGCAGCUCAAGGACGCCCCGCCACCACGCUCAUCGUCCCGUGACCGCGGCCGCGAUCGUUCGCAUGACCGUGACGACCGCCGCCGCAGCCGCCACAGCCGCUCCCGUGACCGUGACCGUGACCGCCGCCGUUCCCGUGAUCGCUCUCGUUCCCGGGAUCGUGAUCGUCGCGGCAGCAACAGGGACCGCUACGACCGCAGGGACCGAUAUGAUCGAUAUGACCGAUAUGACCGAUAUGACCGAUAUGACCGACGGGACUACGACCGCCGCGGAUCCCGAUCCUCCCGCCACCGUGACGACGAUGACUUUGACGACUAUCGCCGCCGUCGCUAA